UGCCCGCCGAGCGGCAUGGCGGAAGCGGAGGAGCAGCCCCGUCCCGCCUCGCCGCAGGGCGAGGGCGGCGAGCAGGGCCCGCAGGGCGGAGCUGCAGCGGGGGCAGCGGACGUGGCCCCGGCUCCGGCCGGCUCGCCGGGCGCCGAAGAGCCCGCGGGAGACACGAAGAAGAAAAUUGACGUCCUGCUGAAGGCCGUGGGCGACACCCCCAUCAUGAAGACCAAGAAGUGGGCCGUGGAGCGCACGCGGACCAUCCAGGGCCUGGUCGACUUCAUCAAGAAGUUCCUCAAGCUGAUGGCGUCCGAGCAGCUGUUCAUAUAUGUAAACCAGUCUUUUGCUCCAUCUCCAGACCAAGAAGUUGGCACCCUCUAUGAGUGUUUUGGGAGUGAUGGCAAGCUUGUACUGCAUUAUUGCAAAACUCAGGCAUGGGGAUGAAUGACAAGCAACACAGUUGUUGAAGGUUCUUCAAAAAUGGAAAAGGGACUAACUUUCUUAAACUCAACUUGUAUACACAUGGAAGGAAGGAUUUUUGUGUUUCUGCUUAUGCCUGUACAUUUAUAAAAAUGAUGCAGAUGAAUAAUGUAAGAGAAUUCUACCUAGCCUAGAAACCUAGGCUAUAUGAUCAUGUAGCUUGAAGCUUUUUUCUGAUGUACAUAUAGGAUACAGAAAAACUCCCCUGCAUCUGCCGUCUGUGAAGUAGAGCCAGCUCUCUUGCUGCUGAGGUGCAUCUGAAGGGAAGCUGUUUCAUAGUUGUCUGGAGGACUGGCCAGCGCUGUCAUUCUGUGUGCUGUACUGAAGAUAAAAGUUCCUUUUUUAUUAAAAGGGAUGUUUAUUGUAUGUGUUUCCUGGGUUUCAGUUUAUUUCUGAGAUGUAUAUCUGUUAUGUGUGUCCUAUUCUUUAUGAAGUCUUAAAUCUUGAAUGUGCCUUAUGUAAUUUCAGGACAGUGUUGUGAUUUAUUUUUUUUUUCUCAUCAUUGAUAUGUAGGUGUUGGUACAUAGUAUAAUUCCUUUGUCCUGUGACUUCAUUGUAUUGGUAGUGUAAGUACCUCAUUUUUGUGGCACAACAUAAUGAUAGGCUUCAGAAAUGGUUUCAUCCCACCCCAGUUGUGAAGUGAUUUGUUGAAGGCUGAGCACUUCAGCAGUUGCCAAGAUGUUUCUUCUGGUACUGCUUAAUGACUGGUGUUGUUAGUCAAGCAAUGCAUCUGGCUGUUACGUCUAAUGAAGAGACAUCAGGUGCUAAAAACCUACUUUACACAUUCUACAUUCUUGUUUUGGCUGCUGUUAUUUUCUUGUUUCACCAGCUGCAUGUUCCAUUAACAAAACAAUGCACUUCAUAUCCUUUUGCUCAGUCAUAACAUCAUAAUUUUUAUUUUUUUUUUUUGGUCUUGAAGAGGAACUGCUACCUUGUACUGACCUUUCUUCUAUUUAUUUGAUGGUUUGGGUGUGGGGAGUGUUUUUUUUGUGGGUUUAUUUUCAAUGUCUGUUGUACAAUCUUCCUUGUUUGUCUAAACUGAACUAAAUUAAAUGUUAGCUGUUUGCUGGCCAA